CCAUCUUUUCUAUCACACGCCGUCAACUACCCAACCAUGACUAUCCUCAAGCUCGCCACCUCCGUCAGUAAGAGCAAGGCCAUCGGUGCCUCCUUUGUCGCCGCCACCGCGACCACAACCGUUUUCUACUCGGUCCUUCAAAGCACAGCGACCAGCCUCCGAACAAUGAAGCCGGACUGGAUGGCAGCACAAGACGACUGCGCAAGGUUCCAGAAGCAGGACCCCAUGAAGAUCAACUAGACGAUUUAUCUAGUACUUGACAAGAGAGUAUUUGUAGGAAGAAUUUCAAGAACCGAGAAAUACGACGAGGCCGAUUGAUUUUUUGGGGGUGGAGGGGGAUUCUGCACAGCAUGCAGGAGCGUGCCGCUUUUGUGUGUUAGGUAUGCGUGAAAGAGUUCACGUGUUUCCGACGUGUCGAAGAGCAGGGGAUAACGCUGGUGGAGUGACCUCGGCAACGGAGCGGGAUGUCUUGUGAGUUGUUUAGUUCGGUCGGUCGUUUCUAGGAUUCCUGCUUGCUCGUGCAGGCCUGGUUGUGGACGUGAGGAAGGCGAAAGUCGUAGGCGUAGAAUUUCUCGGUGUGAAGUCUGCGAAUUGCGGCACAGGAAGAUCACGCAGAUCGUUCCGUCCCCGUUGCUUUUGUUUUUUGUUUUGUUUUAUUGUGUGGCGCAAGUUACGGUGGUGGUGGUCCUUAUGCUUUGGGCGUACAGCGUGCGGCGAGGCGCCCCCUGUUUUUUCGCUGCUUUUUAAUACCAUGGUACAUGGAUUGUG